CCUGGGCUGAGUGAAUCCUGAAAACUUCUGCCUCUGGUGGCCUUUACUUUUCUCCAAAGAACCACAGCUUCUCCAUUGGGACCAGAGCUUCCUAAUUUUGCAGGGAUCUGUGCAGAAAAGAGCCUCCAAAGUCAGGGCAACUCUGAGCAAAGGAACAGCAGCAAUGGCUAGAGAAAUCCUGAGAAACUUAAAGGAAGAGGUAACCUGCCCCAUUUGCCUGGAACUCCUGACAGAACCAUUGAGCCUAGACUGUGGCCACAGCUUCUGUCAAGCUUGUAUCACUACGAACAGCCAGAAGUUGAAUCAAGCAGGGGAAAACAGCUGUCCUGUAUGCAGAAUCAUUUAUGAUCCUGGGAACAUGAGACCUAAUCGGCAUCUGACGAAUUUAGUAGAACACCUCAGAGGGGUCAAUUUAAGCCUAGAGGAGGAAGAGAAGAAAGAUCACUGUGAGCACCAUGGAGAGAAGUUGCUGCUGUUCUGUAAGGAGGACUGGAUGCUCAUUUGCUGGCUGUGUGAACGCUCUCAGGAGCACCGUGGUCACCACACCGUUCUCAUUGAGGAAGCAGCCAAGGAAUGCAAGGAAAAGCUCCAAGCAUGUUUGGAGGAACUGAAAAAUAAGCAGCAGGAAGCAGAAGGAUUUGAAACUGCUCUCAGAGAACACAGAACUUCUUGGCAGAAUCAAAUAGAUAAGGAGAUUCAAAGUGUCCAGAAAGCAUUUAAAGAAGUAAGAGAUGUUCUGGAUUUGAAGGAACAGAAGGAGCUGCAGAAGCUGAGGGAAGAAGAGAAAAAAAUUCUCCAUGACCUGGCAGAGUCUGAGAAGGAGCUGGUUCAACAGAGCGAGUUCACGAGAGGUCUCAUCUCGGAUCUGGAGCUCAAACUACAGGCAUCACCAAAAGAGAUGCUGCAUAAUGUGAAUGAUCUCCUCAAAAGGAACGAGAACUUGACUCUGACAAAGCCAAAAACUUUUCCCCUGAAAGAUCGAAAAGUAAUUCAAGCUACUGAUCUGAGUGGGAUACUGACAGCAUUUUAUGAACUGAAAGAUAUGCAACGCUACUGGGUCCAGAUGACUCUGAAAGUUCCUGACAAUAACCGUGAUAUUACCCUUUCUUUGGAUGGAAGACAAGUGAGAUGUGUAGCCAAUGGGAGUUCACAGCAGGGUCUUUCAACAGGUGGUUGUGAUAAUUAUGUUCUAGGCUCUGAAUCUAUUGAAUCGGGAAAGGGAAAGUGUUACUGGGAGGUAGAUGUGUCAGACAAACAUGAAUGGAUGGUGGGGGUACGUCAAAUCACAUCAAUUAGACCCUCUCAAUUCAAUCAACAAAAAGAAUUUUUAACUGAUAAUUUUAAAGGAUUAUCAUCCUGUGGAUUUUCAACCUCUCUAGUCAAUGUACCAAGUAAUAGGUCAGGUGUCUUUGAAAAUCCACCCUCUCUAUUCAGUCAUAAAAAUAAUUAUCCAUCUGUCUCUCGACCUAUGAUAUCCACAGUAUUCCAAACGAGCGGAACCCCCCAAACUGUAUCCAUUAGACAGCACCCUAAACAUGAACCUCAAUUUGACUAUUGGGUUAUAGGGUUACAAAAUCAUUCUGAGAAUAAAGUUUUUGUGAAUACUUCUGCCUCUAAUUCUGGGGCCGUGCCUCUUUCCAUGAUUGAUCCUCCCUGUCGUAUUGGAGUUUUUGUUGACUAUGAGGCACGCACAGUCUCAUUUUUCAAUGUCACAAACCAUGGGUUUCUCAUGCAUAAAUUUUCUUCGUGUUCCUUUUCUGACAAAAUAGUCCCGUAUUUUAAUCUUAGGAACUGUUCUGGCCCUAUAACUUUGUGCUCACCAACCUCUUGAACCAUCACACAUCCUCACAUUUUCAUUGUAACAUUAUUAGCUUUUUCUUGGGGGAGGGAGGAAGAGGAACCCCACCCAAUAAUGUUCUGUGGUUACUCCUGGCUCUGCACUCAGGAAUGACUCCUGUCCUGUGUCAGGGGAACAUCAGGUCAGCCAUGUGCAAGGCAAGGAUUCUAACUGCUGUGCUACAUCUCUGGCUCCAAAAAUGCUUGCUUUGGGUGCCUCCAAUAGAACAUAACUUGUACUAUUCUUCCAUGUUUUCUAGCCUGUAAUUUUUUAAUUUGAACAUGU